AUGAACGUGCUGCGCGUUUGCAAGGGCAAACCCGUAACGUCCAACUCCUUCGUACGUCGCUUCGCCUCAGCGGCCACAGAAGAUGCUACUCACGUCCCUCCAGCCGCUCCUGUCGUCGUGAAGAAGGGCGGCAGCUCUUUCGUGCAGCGAAUCGUGUCAUUCGGAGUGGGUGUGGCGGUGGGUGCCGGCUACGGUCUGUACGUGCUGACGGAGGAUAUCGAGAAGUCGACGCAGCAGAUUCAGAGCUCCGUGGGCGUACUCAAGCACGAGAUGAUCGCGCAGAACGCGGGACUGACGAAGCGGAUCGAGGCGCUCGAGGAGAAGACGAAUUGA